AUGUUGGGCGGUUUUUUACUGGCCAGCCCUUGGCCGACACCUCCACCCGACGAUCUUCGUGACGUCACUGUAUUUGUAGAAGUGGAUGAAGUGGGCUCGGGCUCGAAUUCUUGUGGUUUGACUGGAAUACUAGUUGACCUGAGCAUCGAAGUGGAUGUCAACGUCAUUUUUGAAUACCAACAGGCGAUUUCAAGGAUUCCGAAUAUGAAGAAGGAAAUGACGACGAUGACAAAGAAUAGAUGGGGCGAAAGGAGGGAAAAAAAGAGUUUGUUGGAAGAGAGCCACGCCUUCUUUUGA